GAAUGCUCGGGAACUCUCCAAAUUCUUCAUGUAACUUGCACAUUCAAGCCUAUGCGCUCUUAUAAAUUCUUCCACUUUCCAACUUCCACAGCAAGACGAAAUCCAGCAAGCAAUAUUCUUCCUACUCUGUGAGAGUUUGAUCACAUUCCAAUCUACAACUAAAUUCUCCAAAUCUUCCACUUUUUUGGCAGAAAAUGUCGCUAAUUCCAAGUGUUUUUGGCCGGCGAAACGACAUCUGGGAUCCAUUUUCUCUCGAUCCCUUUCAAGACUGGCCGUUUAAUUCCGUGCUUUCCACACAGAUUCGUUCCGACCUUUCCAAUGAGACAUCUCAGUUUGCUGCCACUCGGAUUGACUGGAAGGAAACACCGGAAGGCCACGUGUUUAAGGCGGACCUUCCAGGGCUGAAGAAAGAGGAGGUGAAGGUCGAAGUUGAGGAAGGUAACGUACUGCAGAUUAGUGGAGAAAGGAGCAGGGAGAAAGAGGAGAAGAAUGAUACUUGGCACCGUAUGGAGAGGAGUUCUGGCAGAUUCUUCCGCCGGUUCAGGCUGCCGGAGAAUGCGAAAAUGGAUCAGGUCAAGGCAAGCAUGGAGAAUGGUGUCCUAACUGUAACUGUUCCCAAAGGGGAGGUGAAGAAGCCUGAUGUCAAAGCCAUUGAGAUUUCUGGUUGAAGACGAUAAACACCAAGAAACUGUUUUGAAGUCUUACGUAUUGUGUAUGCGUACUUAUGAAUCGGUGUAUGUUAUCUUUUAACUGUGUUAUCGGGUGAAAUGGUUGACUUUUGAAGUGUGAUGGUCUAUGUUUUGUUGAAUAAAACUUGCUUUAUUUGAAUAUAUUUUCAGAGUA